AUGAUGAUCCAAUUCCUGACUAGACUAAGACCAAUCAUAGCUGUACAACAACAAAUAAGACACUGCACGGUGCCAGUAACGCCAUCAACUCCAACGCCAACGCCGGUUGCAGCUCCACAUGUGCCUGUGCUCUGUCAGACGGCAAUUGAAUAUUUGGAGCCACGGCCAAAGGGAAAAUACAUUGAUAUGACCUUCGGUGCAGGUGGACAUACGCGUCGCCUGCUCGACAGCUGUCCGGAGGCGACUGUUUAUGCCUUGGAUCGUGAUCCCAUUGCCUAUGAGUUGGCGCAGCGUUUGAGCCAGGAGUCUGCGUAUGCUGGACGAUUGGUGCCGCUGCUCGGUAAAUUCUCAGAUUUGCCGCAGCUAUUAACUGAUCGCAAUGUGCCGCGGCACAGUUUCGAUGGCAUACUCUUCGAUUUCGGUUGCAGUUCGAUGCAGUUUGAUGAGGCUGCUCGUGGCUUCUCCAUUGCACACAACGGGCCGCUGGACAUGCGCAUGGAUUGUGGACGCAGUGGCGGUGUGAGUGCCGCCGAUGUCCUUGCUCGCAUUGAGGAAGCGGAUUUGGCGCGCAUACUGCGUGUCUAUGGCGAGGAGAAGGCGGCCAAGAAAAUCGCCCGUGCCAUUGUGGAGGCACGCGGCGCACUGCAACGCAUUGAGACAACCAGGCAGCUGGCGGAGCUUGUGGCCUCGGUGCUGGGCGAUGGACAGCGGCAGGAUAAACUGCAGAGGCCGGCGCAUCUGGCGACGAAAACAUUUCAAGCACUGCGCAUCUUUGUCAACAACGAACUGAACGAGAUCAACUAUGGCAUGCUGUUGGCGCAAGAGUAUCUGCGUGCCCAGGGUCGAUUGGUGGCCAUCACAUUUCAUUCGCUGGAGGAUACGAUUGUCAAGCGUCACAUCAAUGGCAAUGUAAUCGAGGGUGUGGCAAAUCCAUUACCGCUUAAGUAUUGCGGUCAUGAUAUCACCCAUGAUCCAGCUCUUCUCGAAUCCUUUGUGCAAUCCAACUGGCAACAGCUGCAUCGUCAUGUCAUUCUGCCCGAUGCCACAGAGAUCGCCAGCAAUAGUCGCAGCCGGUCGGCCAAGUUGCGUGCCGCAAUUAAAAUUAAGUAAUCAUUACAACAAUUUGUACACAAUUCAGUCAGGAAUAAAAAUGUCUGCCAUGCUUAACUGCA